AUUAGUAGUGAAGAGUACCAUCAUUUUGUCUGUGGUAUAAAAGUGUUCUACUAAAAAAUGUGUAAACUUCUCAUGUGUAAUCUCAAGACAUAAAGUGAAUCAAUUAUGACUGGUGAGGCGAGUAAAGUCAAAGCUAAGCAUCUGGUGCACUGGUUCAGGAAGGGUCUCCGCCUUCAUGACAACCCUGCUCUGCGCGCUGGCCUCAAGAAUGCCCACACAUUUAGGUGUAUAUUUAUCCUAGAUCCCUGGUUUGCGGGAUCCUCCAACGUUGGAAUUAAUAAAUGGAGGUUUCUACUACAGAGCUUGGAAGACUUGGACAGUUCCCUACGCAAGCUUAACUCUCGCCUCUUCGUGAUACGGGGCCAGCCAGCACACGUCCUUCCUGAACUGUUUAGAGAAUGGGGAACAACGUGUCUGACUUUUGAAAAAGAUCCCGAGCCAUUUGGCAAGGCCCGUGAUGCUAACAUCGUGGCCAUCGCCCGUGAGAUGGGCAUCAAUGUCAUCGUCAAGACAUCGCAUACCCUCUAUAAACCUGAGAAGAUCAUCGACAAAAAUGGUGGCAAACCUCCUCUUACGUACAAAUCAUUCCAAAAUAUCUUGAUGAGUAUGGACUUGCCACUUCUCCCUCAAAGCACAAUCACUCUAGAGGACUUGGAGGAUAAGUCCACCCCCUUAUCUGACGACCAUGAUGAGAAGUACGGAGUCCCCACCCUGGAGGAGCUGGGCUUUGAAACGGAGACCCUACAUCAGACGGGCUGGAAGGGAGGCGAGAGCGAGGCCCUGACCAGACUAGAACACCACUUGGAGCGUAAAGCAUGGGUGGCCUCUUUUGGCCGACCCAAGAUGACCCCACAGUCACUCUACCCAUCUCGCACAGGACUCUCGCCUUACCUCAGAUUUGGCUGUUUGUCUUGUCGGAGAUUUUUCGCCGAGCUUAAUGAUCUUUACAGAAAGAUAAGAAAAUCACCACCUCCUCUGUCACUACACGGUCAGUUGCUGUGGCGGGAGUUUUACUACACGGCGGCGACAAACAACCCCAAGUUUGACCAUAUGGAGGGCAACCCUAUAUGCGUUCAAAUACCCUGGGACAAAAACCCUGAAGCUCUUGCUAAAUGGGCUAAUGGCCAAACAGGUUAUCCAUGGGUGGACGCUAUCAUGACACAACUGCGGAAAGAAGGAUGGAUCCACAAUGUAGCCCGACACGCUGUUGCUUGUUUCCUGACCCGUGGGGACUUGUGGGUGUCCUGGGAAGAGGGAAUGAAGGUUUUUGAUGAAUUACUUCUGGAUGCAGACUGGUCUGUAAAUGCUGGGUCUUGGAUGUGGCUCUCCUGUUCAUCCUUUUUCCAGCAGUUUUUCCAUUGUUAUUGUCCUGUACGAUACGGUAGGAAAGCAGACCCUAAUGGUGAUUAUAUCAGAAUGUACUUGCCCGUACUCAAGAACUUUCCCACAAAGUAUAUUCACGAGCCCUGGACCGCUCCCGAGUCGGUGCAGCGAGCGGCCAAGUGUGUCAUUGGACGUGACUACCCGAUGCCCAUGGUGGAUCACAUCAAGCAGAGCCAGAACAACAUUGAAAGGAUGAAACAGGUGUACCAACAACUUGCUCACUACAGAGGAAAAAUUAAUCCUGCCAUCAAAUCUCCAACGGUUGAUCACUAUCCAUCACCUCCACCUGAGUUUGAGAAGAAGAGAAGCAGCAAAACAAACAAAAAUGAUCUCCAGUACGACUCUAACUACAGAGUUCAAGUGCAGGCCUGACUCAAAUGUGCCUCGGAUGACCAUGAAUGCUGAGUUCAUAAACUCGGGAAAUGCUGCUGCUCUUUUCAGAGGACCUGAGAAGACUGAAAUUUAGUUCUCAAGACAAAACCAAGUUGAUAAGUGAUGGUUAACCAUGAGAGACCGUGAUAAAUAUAGAUGGUUGACUGAGGGAAGUGAGAAACUUUUGUGGGACUCGCUACACUAUGUAGUUGUUCCUGCAGCCACCCUUGUCCGGCACCCAGUUUGAAUCGUUUGAUUAUGAAAAGAUCACAUCCCAAGGAUGCAUCUUUAUUACCAGAAAGAAAGACUCUGCUCCUUGAGACUUGUUAGCUUUAAAAUGAGAGUGAAUAAGAGGCAAGCGUUGAACCUCUUGGUGUUGACACUUCAGAGAAAGAUGGUGUUGACACUUAAGAGAAAGAUCAUGUAACUUAAGGUAGGCAAAAGGGAUCAAUGGAUGUCGAUUUAAGAAAACAUUUAGUGUUAAAUUUUUAAAAAGUAGGAUUAAAUUUAAGGUAAAAUCUAGCCAUGUACUUUUUGUCAGUGAGACGACGGUGUAGUUAUGUUGGGUUCAUCUUCCACCUUGACUCUAGUGUGCCACCAUACUUGCCUCUUUCUUGUCUUGCUAUUUUUUUUUCUUUUGGCAAAUGACUGAUCAGCUACGGAUCAUGGUGAUUUAAUCAAAAUCAGUGACUCAUUGGGUAAUGGAUAAUAUUUUUAAUGUGAAGAAAUAGUCAUUAAAGUUCUAAAUAUAUUUUUUAAUAUUUUUUUUUGUCUUCACAAUCACGUUCUUCAGACAGUUUGUGUUGUACACCAGCCAGGAUAACUUGAGGGAGGAACUAGUGCAAACUCUCCAACAAUACAAUCCUGACAUUUCUGCACUAUUACGUAUUGUAUGUAAAUAUAUUUUUUUCACAAAACCUUAAAAAACAAAAACAAAUAAUGUACUAACCAGUGAUGCAUAUGAUGAUGGGAAUAGAAUCGGUUUUAAAAUAUUUCAUAUCUUACAUUAAAAAAAGUGGAGGCAAAUGUUGGACUAAUAUUACCGGUGUAUUUAAACCUGUCAACACAGGCAGACCUUGAUUUAUGAAUGCCCCAUUUACUAAAAUAAAAUAACGUUUGCAUUAUUCAAAUACAGGUUGACAACCCUUUAUCAGAAAUUCCGAAAAGCUCUGGAAACCGAAAGUUUUUUUUGGUGGAGCAAAACUUUUUUUUUU